AUGUCAAGCAAUCAAGACUGGAACCAUUCCCAAUCCGGGGAUUCUGCCAAAACGAUCACUCAAAAUACAAGACAGCCUGAUUCUUUCAGUAGUGCCCAUCGUUAUGUGCCCAGUGGGUCUAUAUCUAGUGAAGAUUUAGGGGAUUUUGUUAUGCCUGAAGUGCACGAGCCCGAUUCUGGCAACGCGGAUGCGUCUCUUCCGUAUGAUUCACAAGAAGUUCCCCGUCAAGGAAGUCGUGUUCAGAGAAAAAUCUCAUCAAACACCGAUCCAGUAGGACCAUCUUCUUCUUCGGUAGAUCAAAACAAUAAUUAUGAAUACCGUCCAUACACCAGCCUAAGUAUGUACCGCCCUAGACAGGAUGGCGAUUUCUCCCCGUCGGCUCAGUCGGCUCAUUCACCGGAUCCAAGAACGGGACCAAUGAACCUUUCGAAAGGACGUCAAACUGCCUCUUCUGUUAAAUCAGAAGAAUCUCUAAACUUGAAAGCCCGUCAAACUGCCAUCAAUGAAACUAGGGCUUUCGGUAUCCGUCUUUGGAAACCUGCCUUGUACAAAAAGCUUCGGUCCGUCAAUCGUGAUGCUGAAAUUGAUAUUCAUGAUGAACCUUUAAAGCGUCCUAGUAAAUCUAUAUCGAAUUGGAUUUGGUUUACCUGUUUUGGUAUUCCUUUGUUUUCUGUGAUGUUUCUCUGUUUCCUUUUCUUCUCUCUCCUUUCUUAUUUUAAUUUCCCUUAUGCUGUGUUGUACAAGCGUCUCUGUCAAGGCCUAAUGUGGUACCUUUUGUAUCCCUUUGGUCAGCAUGUCCGUCAUAAGGUCCGUCCAAGAAUUGCUAAUUCUCCUACACUAGGAAGACGAAGAAGAAGGAGCAGCUCUCAACGAGCAGAUAAUUUGCGUUUAAAUUUCCUAACCUUUUCUUUCUGCGAAAAUCCAAUGAAUAGAGCUUUAGACUGUGAGGCUUCUAAGGGACCAUUCAGCAUUUCCAUGGUCGUUUAUUAUACUUUCUUUUAUUUAUUUAUUACACCCUCUCUUUUACUCGUCUCUGCCAUUUGUAUGUUUAGUAUAUUCUUUAUCCCUUGUGCACGAACUUUGUGGACCUUGUGGAAGCAUUUGCAUACUUGUCCUCUAGCUAUAUCAUUCAGAAACAACAUUGCUCUACCAAUCUCGCAAGAGUCGCUGGAGGUUGUACUCUUGUGCGUUAGGCAAGCUGCCAGCUCCAAGUACUACAAGUAUACGGUCGAUGGAAUUUAUAUUAUUUAUUUUGAUAUGCUUGCUUUAAUCUUUCCGACAAUCAUUAUUGGCUUUUUUGGGCCUAAGGGUUAUUGGUUCUCAUCUCCAAUGGUUAUAUUUACCGCGUCCUUGAUCAGUAUUAUUCCGCUGGCUUAUUUUAUUGGAAUGGCAGUGGCAUCCAUCUCAGCUCAAAGUAGUAUGGGUAUGGGGGCAUUUAUAAACGCAUUUUUUGGCUCUGUUAUUGAAGUGUUCCUUUAUUCGGUAGCUUUACGCCAAGGAAAUGCUCAGCUUGUUGAAGGAAGUAUUAUCGGUAGUAUAUUAGCUGGUCUAUUAUUGAUGCCUGGUUUAUCGAUGUGUGCUGGAGCAGUAAAAAAGAAGUUUCAGUUCUUUAAUAUAAAGUCUGCUGGUGCCACUAGCACAAUGCUUUUGUUUGCUGUUCUUGGUGUUUUUGCUCCAACCAUGCUAUUCCAAAUUUACGGUACUUUUACGUUAGAAUGUACCAGCUGUGGUCCCGAAUGUCAGACAUGCACAAAACGAUUUAUACUACUUAAUGAUGAAUUUUACCAAGAAAGGAUUCGCCCAUUCACUUAUAUUUGUGCUGUUUUACUCCUGUUGUCUUAUGGCAUUGGUUUGUGGUUUACAUUAAGAACGCAUGCUGCCCAUAUUUGGGAGAAUUUGAAUGUAAACGAAGCUUCUGUAAUUUUAGCUAAACCCGAAGACAAUAACAUUGUCGAGAACCAUAAUGAUCAUGGAGAUAAUGAUGCAAACUCGACCUCUCGAGAACCCUUUGGCUCUUCCGCUGACUACACUUCUUCUGAUACUUCUUCCAUUCAGGACUUUGAAAGAACUCAGCAGAAACCAUAUAGUCCCGAACCUCAAAGCCAUCUUAUAAAACAGCCAGAGGGACACAGUGAAGACGCACCAAAUUGGUCUCGUCUUAAAAGUGCCGUUAUUCUUUUAUCUGCGACCUUUGCAUAUGCUUUAAUUGCUGAGAUUUUAGUGCAGAAUGUUGAUACCGUAAUGGAGAAGUACUCAAUUAGUGAAAAGCUUCUUGGAUUAAUUUUGUUUGCUCUUGUUCCCAAUACUACAGAAUUUAUGAAUGCCAUAUCAUUUGCACUUAAUGACAAUAUUGCUUUGUCAAUGGAAAUUGGUUCCGCUUACGCUUUACAGGUAUGUCUGCUACAGAUACCUUGCCUUAUGGCGUAUAGCGCCUUUGAAUAUCACAGCUCGGGUGCAACAUUGACUUUUGAACAUUUAUUUACUUUAAUAUUUCCCAGUUGGGACAUGAUAUGUAUUAUGAUUUGUGUGUUUUUACUGACUUACGUUCAUUCUGAGGGAAAGAGUACAUAUUUCAAAGGGUCCAUUUUGGUCCUUGCCUACUUGGUGUCAAUGUCUGGAUUUAUGUUUUUUAAUGUUUAA